AUGAGACGAACGCUGGAGGGUCUCCAAAACCCUGGUGUUCAAAUAGCCAGUGAAGAAAACCUUGUCGAUCUGGAAUAUGCAGACGACAUCGUUCUCAUGUUCGAAGAGGAGGAGAAGGCGCAAGUAUUCUUGGAUGAACUGACCAAAGUCAUCCCGUCCUUUGGUAUGCACUUUGCACCCACAAAGUGUAAGGUCAUGCUUGCGGACGUGCAGUCACUGAACACGCCCCUUACAACCCAGGGAGAGGUACUGGAAGUUGUGGAGCGUUUUAAGUACCUUGGAAGUUGUAUUAGUUCUGAUUGCAGUGUGACAGAUGAGGUGAAUGCACGAAUCUGCAAGGAUCGGGCCGCGUUUGCUAACUUGAGACACCUAUGGCCUCAGAAUGGUUUAUCCCUGAAUCUGAAAGGACACCUAAUGGAACCAGCCAAUCAAUUGUGUUCUAUUACCGUCGGUGAGGGAAAUUCCAUCAAAGAAUGUGAGGAUAAAAUGGUCCCCCAGCAGAGUAGGAACACAGCGAACCUUAUCGAUGGGCCAUAUAACGCUAAAUCUGAUUUGGCUUCCAUGGAAUUUAACUCUACUUAA